AUGACCUCGUCUAAGAAUGUUGUCUUCGAUAUCGUGGGUACCCUGGUAUGCUACGACCAUCUUUACAAUGCCAUCGACUGCCGACUAGGAGACCGCCUCCGUGCGGAGGGCAUCAAGCCUUGGCUGCUGGGCCAACUCUGGAUGGAAACUGCCGAGCGUGAAUAUACCAAUCUCAGUAUGGCCGGUCGAUAUGUACCGUUCGCCGAAGUGUUCCAAUCGCUCUUUUACCGGAUUCUCUGGAUGGGCGGAAUCCAGCAGCCUCGUACCUUCGCCUCGCCCGAGGAUCUUGCGUGGAUUAUGCAAGAAUACCAGAAGCUCACCAUGCGGCCAGAUGCGGCCGAGUGUAUACAGAAGCUGCGUAACGCCGGAUUUACGGUUUGGGCCUUCACUGCUGCCGAUCUGAAGCGCGUCAGUGGAUACUUUGCGAAGGCGGGGGUCGACCUGCCGGCGGAGAACUUGCUCUCGUGCGACGCUGCUGGUGUGGGGAAGCCCGAUCUCGCUGCUUAUAAGCCCUUGCUGGAGAGGUUGAAGGCAGACAACGAUGGGAAGACCCCCUGGUUUGCGGCCGCUCAUAUGUGGGAUGUCUCUGCGGCCCGGACGGCUGGGUUCAAGGGAGCGUAUUGCACAGUGUUGGAAAAGGAGCCAUUGCAUAAUCUCUUUGGGGAUAUGGACGUGGUAGAUGACACUCUACCGGGCAUGGCUGAGAAGAUCAUCGCCGCCCAGGCUGCUGCUUGA